AUGCACCAGCGCAGCUGCAGAGCGAUCAAAGGCCUUGAGGGUGAAACGUUUGAAACCGUUCAAAGCGAAAUUGAUAAUAGCUAUGAUGGUGGAUCGAACGCAGCUGAACAGUUGGAUCGCUUUGAUUAUUCAAAUGUGCCUGAAAUUAAACCCGGAAUUAAGCUACCAAAAAAAGAUGAACAAUGGAAAACUGCCAACACCUACUUCGCUGCAACAUUGCCUUUAACAGAAAUCAACCCAUCUAACGUCAACGUUUCCAUAAAAACAAUGAACUCAGUCAUCUAUGAUUAUUUUCAGAUCAAUUAUGGAGUAUCAGACGACGUGAUUAAUACAAAUUUAAUUGAAAAAUACAAACACAAGACAAAAAGUUCACUCAAGUCUUGCCUGAAAUGUCUCAAAGAAUCACAAGCUCCUCUCUGUGAAAUUCGCUAUGUAUCUCGGCUUUUGCGUUCCAAGGUGGUACCAAACAGCGAUACAAACAACUGCAAUCAUGAUGCUGAAAUCCAGAAGAACUUUUGGGGAUAUGUUAAGAAAACUCUUAAAAAGGACAAAUCGAUUUUACCUUCCUUCAACGUAUUUGUGUGUACCGACUUCUUCCGCACUUUUUUUUGUAAACUCAAUCCCACAAAAUCUUUCAAAGUUCCAGACUGGAUCCCAUCUCUAUCUCUCCCUUCAGUUCCAUACAAUCUAGAUCCUCCUUCUUACCAUCAAAUCACGAAAGUUGUUCGUCGAAUGAAGUCGUCUGGUUCGCCUUGUCCGCUUGACAAGCUAUCAAUAAUACCUUUUAAAAGAUGUCCAUAUCUCCGUACAUACAUGACUGAGCUAAUUCGAAUAAUUUGGAGUUCGGGUGAUAUACCUGAGGAGUGGAAACUGGCCUGCACAGUGCUAAUCCAUAAACGGGGCGAUGCAUCUAAUCCUGAAAACUUCCGCCCUAUCACCCUUGAAACCAUUCCACUGAAAAUAUUCACAUCUUGCCUACGCGAUUCGAUGUUUGCAUUUCUCUCCGCAAACAUGUACAUUGAACACAGAAUUCAAAAAGGGUUUCUUCCAAGACUGUCUGGAACAUUCGAACAUACUGCACACAUGGCUUCUAUCAUUAAUAAAGCUCGAAUCAAACAGCGAGCUGUCGUCAUCACAUUACUAGACCUAAAAAAUGCUUUCGGUGAAGUCCAUCACAAUCUGAUCCCAGCAGUUCUUCGCUAUCACCACAUCCCUGAGCACAUUCAAAACAUUAUCUGCAGCCUUUAUGCUGAUUUUAAAACAUCUAUCAUAACCGAUACAUUUCGUACCCCUUUUAUACCGGUAGGCCGCGGUGUCCUUCAGGGUGAUUGCCUUAGCCCAUUAACCUUCAACCUUUGCUUUAAUACUUUCAUUCAUUACAUCUCAGAUAAUAAAUUCAACCAGUUCGGCUUCUAUACAAACUCCUUAAACCCUGUCCAUUGGUUUCAGUUCGCUGACGAUGCGGCAGUGGUUACUGGUCAAGAAAACGAAAAUCAAAUUCUCUUAAACCACUUCUCUAGAUGA